AUGGCCAAAAUCCGGGCAAUCAAAUCGAUGAUCACCGGCAAGGCAAGUGACUCUCAGCCACCGGAGGCAGCCGGGGGGACUUCUUCCACGCCGGCCGCGCAAGGGGAGGGUGCUGUGUUGGCUUUGGCCAGCGAACAAGCUGUUGGCCGGUCGAAAAAGAGGUCGAGAAAGGAUAAGGCUGAACAGAACCUAGCGGAUAAGGAUUCAACUGUGCACGCUUCCACCGACUUGGGGGACCAGACCGAGCAACCGAUCACGGGGCCAUCCAAAAGGUCGAGUGCCCCCCCGGUCUGGUCGCCCAAGUUAUCAUACAAAGGUCGGGCUGUCUCCAUUGCAGAUUCAGUUUACGCGGACAAGGACUACUCUUUCGGUUUUAACAUGACCAAAGGGCUGCUCCUUCCCGUCGACAUGAAGAAGCAUGACGAGCUGUCCGACCUGAAGGUGCUCCGCUUGGCGGCGAAAUCAAUAGUGCUGAAGAACUACUUGGCCCAUGAGCGAAUGAUCGCCGUGCGGCAAAGUCUGCGGGAUGCAAUUUCUGACAACAAGGCCAAGACGGCCGAGUUGACUAACCUGAAGGCCGCGCAGGAGGCGGCAGAGGCCGAGCGCGAUACACUAAGUCAGAAAUUGGCCCGGGCUGAAGAAGACAAGCAAAGGGUCGUUCAGCUGACAAAGGCUCGCUACCUCGCUGAGCUGCAAAAGCUUCGAGAUGCCCACAAAGCCGAGAGGGACAAGGCGGUAGACGAUGGUGAAGACCGCGGGUAUGUAGAGGAUGAAAGGACUUAUGAGCAGCAAGUUCAAGCGACCAAGGACAUCUUUUUCCAGUGCGGUUGGAAAGCUGCCGUGGAAAAAGUUGGCCUUGGUCAAGACGCCGAGAUGUUCCAAAACCCGCCUGCUGCCUACAUCCCGGCCUAUAUACAGGCCUAUACUAGCGUCGCACAAAAAAGACUUAUUGAAAAGGCGAAGAAGGCAGCUGAGGAAGAGGCAGCCGCCGUACAACCAACCGAGCCAAAUCCCCCCGAAGCUUCUGAAGGGGCUGAGGACCGUGAGGCGGAGCAAAAGGUUGUCGCGGUCGCUGAUGCCGAGACAGAAGAUGCCGAGGUGGGCCUAGCCGAACAAAAUGUCCUUCUAGAUUUAGAUUGA